AUGGAGGAAGCCGCACAAGAAGAGAGUUUAUUGGCCAAAGAAUUAGGAGAAGUAGACCAAUAUAAUCACCCCUGUAUCACUGUUGUGGCUGAUGGUGCUUGGAGCAAAAGGUCUUAUAAUGUUAAUUAUGAUGCUGCUUCAGGAGUUGCUUGUAUAAUUGGACAGAGGACCGGAAAACUUUUAUUUCUUGGAAUCCGAAAUAAAUACUGCAGCUUUUGUGCAUACGCCAGUGCCAAAAACAUGGAAGUCAUUCCAGAUCAUACAUGUUAUAAGAACUGGUCAAAUACAUCCACAAGUAUGAAAUCCGACAUAAUUGUGGAAGGAUUUCGAAAAAGUAUUGACAUGUAUAUUAUUUAUAAAAGACUUAUUGGGGAUGGUGACAGUAGCGUCUAUAAAAAACUGAUCGAGGCUCGCCCAUAUGGAAGUUUACAUGUGGAGAAAAUUGAGUGCAGGAAUCAUUUAUUAAGAAAUUUUUGCUCCAAAUUGCGUGAAAUAUCUAGUAAAAAAAGAAGCAACAGUACAAAUAAUCCGGUUUCACCAUACCUGCGCAAACAUAUUUUGAACAAUAUACGAAGGAUGAGAACUGCUGUUGCAAUGGCUGUUACUCAAAGAAAUAAAGAAGAUAAAAGCUUUAGUAUUAAAAUAGAAAAUCUUACUAAAGAUUUAAAAAAUAUACCAUCCCACGUAUUUGGAGAGCAUCUAAACUGUACAGCCAUAGGAUAUUUUAGAUGUGAUAAAAAGUUUGGAGAAAAAAAUUAUAUUCAAGAAAUUAAGGCAUGUGGGGUUUUGCAAGACAUUGAAGUUUGUCUAAAUAGACUCAUAUUGCAUGCUUCCAGUUUGUUAAGAAAUAUGGAGAAUAAUGUAGCUGAACAUUAUAACUCUGUGGUAUGCAAGUUUAUUGGCGGAAAGCGCAUCAAUUUUUCAAAAAGAGAGUCUUAUCAAAUACGGUGUGAAGCUGCAGCCCUAUCUUAUAAUCUUGGAAGCGGAGAAUACCACAAACAAAUUUUUAAAUCAAUUGCUGAAAAAAGUCCUUCUGGUCAUAGAAAAAAAUUUAUUAAUAUAGUUAAACAAAGACGUAUUAAUACUCAUAAAAUAAGACCAAAAACCCUAUUUAAAAAACGAAAUAAAUCAAUUGCGCUUCCUGAUAAAGAUUAUGGGGAUCAGGAGGCAGAUAAUAGCAUACAGCCAGACAUGGAAGAAAAUUUAUUUGGAGAAAAAAAAAAGGAAUUUUUAGAGGAACUCGAAAAAAAUGAAAAUGAGAUUAAGGAUUUAGAGAUUAGUACCAGAGGACAAGGAGGAAAUCCAAAGUGGUAUCAAGAAAGGAAUUUGGCGGCAGGACUCAUUCUGGAAUGA